GUUUCUUCCUUGAUAACAUAACAGGAAUAUCUAUAAAGAUAUUUGACACAUUUGACUUGUUUAUUCCUUUCAGAAUGCUCCUUAUCUUUCAGAGCAGGGAUUUGGUGUAACUGAUGCAGUGCUUAAUGCCUUGAGCAAAGCCGGCUAUGAUGAACAGACAGCUCAGACAGUUAUGAUACAGUCCAGUAAUAGCUCUGUUCUAAAGAAGUUCAAGGGUAAAACCAACUAUAAGCUUGUCUACAAGGUUGAUGAAGAUAUCGGUGGUGCUCCAAGUGGAACAAUUGAUGAUAUUAAGAGACUUGCUAGCGCUGUGGUCAUUAGCAAGGACUCCGUCUUUCCCAAAAAUGCAGCAUUCCUCACUGGUGUUACAAAUGUUGUACCAAGACUUCAAGCAGCUAAUCUCUCUGUAUUUGUUCAAACCUUCAGUAACGAGUUCACAUCUCAAGCAUGGGACUUCUUCUCUGAUGCUACUGUUGAGAUCAAUUCCUUCUAUAUGGGAGCCGGAAUUAAUGGUGUCAUUACUGAUUUCCCAAAGACAUCUGAUAGAUACCGCAGGAACCGAUGCUUGAACAGAGGCAGUAAAAUACCUGGUUACAUGAGCCCCGUUCAGCCUGGUGGUCUUUGGCUACUAAUCACACUUCCAUACUUGCCACCAGCUGAAGCUCCAAACCCUUACCUGACCGAGGGAGAUGUUGUUGAGCCCCCAUUGCCUCCUGUUGCUGCAAAAACCCCAACUUCUAAUCUGUCUGGUGCUGCAACAGCCCCAACAUCACCAAAUGGACAGCCUAAAGUUGCUGCCUGUGUCAUUGCCCCGCUAACGGCUAUGCUUAUCGCCAUUUAUUUAUUGUUUUGACACUGUAGAAGAGUCUGCCUGCUCGCAACCAUUUUGCCCCCCCCCCCUCCCCUUUUUCUAUCACAUUGCUUGGAUAUCAAUUAGCUUGAAGCUGUUGCUGUAAGAGUGCUUGCUGCAAAUAUUACUUUUUUUCUGUAGCUUUCUCGCCCUCCAAGCAGCAGCAGCUAAUUCUUUAUCUUUUAUUUUUGUAGGUAUGCAAGCGGUACAUGCAUCUGAUGGAUCCAUUCCCUAUUUGUUUGGUCUAAGAUAUCUUGUGAUUGUUCUUUUGUGUUUAUGGAUCAAAUAAUCAAAGCAUGAAAAAGAUUUGGAUCUCAAGAUUGAUUUAAAAAAAAAAGCAUGAGUAGACUCUAUUAAAUCUAGGAAAAACACGGUGAUAUAAUAUAAACAAGAAUUGAAUAAAGGUUACGAUGAUAUAAUUUAAAAUUUUAAUAAUAAUUUAAUAUGAGUUUAA